CUUUCUAAUCCAUCUAUCCCCACUUUUUUUUUAAAAAAAAAAAAAAACUAUUAACCACUAUGGCUUCUAAUAUUCUUCGUCGUACUUUUGCUACAUCUGCUUCCAACACUGUCAAGAUUGGUUUGAUUCCUGCUGAUGGUAUUGGUAGAGAAGUUAUUCCUGCUGCUCGUCGCGUUCUUGAAUCAUUAAACUCUGGCCCCAAGUUUGAAUUUGUUGAUCUUGAUGCUGGUUUCGAGCUUUUCCAAAGUACAGGUACCUCUCUUCCUCAAGCCACCAUUGAUAUCUUGAAGAACGAAUGUAACGGUGCCUUGUUCGGUGCUGUCAGCUCUCCUUCUCACAAGGUUGCUGGUUACUCUUCUCCUAUUGUUGCUUUGCGUAAGCAUUUGGAUUUGUAUGCUAAUGUGCGUCCUGUCAAGUCCGUUAACUCUCCUGCUUUCCCUAACCAAAAGUUAUUGGAUAUGCUUAUCAUUCGUGAAAACACUGAGUGUUUGUAUAUCAAGUCUGAAAGAGAAGAAGUUGACCCCGAGACUGGUUUGAGAGUUGCAUGGGCUGAUCGUAAGAUUUCCGAAUACGCUUCUCAACGUAUUGGUAAGAUGGCAUUUGAUAUGGCCUUGACGCGUGAAAAGCUUAGAUCCGAAACACCUGUUGCCAACCGUUUCUGGAAGCAUAACCCUCGUGUCACCAUUGUUCACAAGUCCAAUGUCUUGAGCAUCACUGAUGGUUUAUGGCGUGAGACUGUUCGUGGCGUCAAGGAAAAGAAUGCCGAACUUUACAAGGGAGUUGAUAUGGAAGAGCAAUUAGUGGAUUCUAUGGUUUACCGUAUGUUCCGUGAGCCUGAGGCCUUUGAUGUUGUCGUCGCCCCCAACCUUUAUGGUGACAUCAUCUCUGAUGGUGCUGCUGCUCUUGUCGGUUCUCUUGGUGUUGUUCCUUCUGCCAAUGUUGGUGACAACUUUGUCAUGGGUGAACCCGUUCAUGGUUCUGCUCCUGAUAUUGCUGGUAAGGGUAUUGCUAACCCCAUUGCCUCUAUUCGUUCUGCUGGUAUGUUGUUGGAACACAUGGGUUAUACCUCUCAAGCUCUCAAGAUUUACAACGCCGUUGAUGCUGUCAUGGCUGAUGCUUCUAUUCUUACCCCCGAUUUGGGUGGUAAGAGCUCUACCUCUGAAGUGACCGAAGCUGUUCUUAAGAACCUCCGUGCUUAAAACAUUCACUCAUAGGCAUUGUUAUUCCCCCCUUCCCUCCUCUACUUUUGUAACAUAUAUUAAAAAUUCAAUAGAUUAAAAGAAAACAAAAUCUUCUUGUAUGUCCGCUGUGCGGUGUAUUUAAAUGUGUUGGCAUGAAUAGAGUAUUAAGG